AGGAACUAGAAUCCACCUUACAAUUUCCAACCAGCAUGAUGACUCUGCUAUUCAAGUUGCCUGAAGGUUCCAGGAAGGUUUAGGAAGGCUGCUACAUUCACUUGCCUGGGAAGAAGUUUAAUUGAACUCAGUGGGAGUUACUUCUGGGUAGACAUGUACAGACUUCUGUUGCCAAUGCACUACUUUAGGACAGCAGGUGACGAAGGGAGCAUUGGCUCUGCAACAGAUCUGACAGAAACAAGCUCUAUUGUGGAUGGAGACUGGACUAUGGUGGAUGAAAAUUAUUCCGCCUUGAGUCUGACGCAGUCUGAGUUGGAACAUCUCUCUUUGGAGCUGGCCAGCAAAGGGCCACACAAAUCACAAGUUCAGCUGCGGUAUUUGCUUCAUGUUUUUAUGGAAGCAGGAUGCCUGGACUGGUGCGUGAUCAUAGGCCUUAUCCUUCGAGAAUCUUCAAUAAUCAAUCAGGUGUUUAGUCUAGCGCAGUCUUCAGAGGUUGACGGAGAGACGCUGCAGAACAUUAAGACAGGAUUGCAGGCAGUCGAAAGAUGGGCUUCUACCGACUGGUGAGUUUCAUGAGCCUCCUUUCACUUUACACUGGCUCUCUGCAAAUAAAACUAGCUCCUUUGCUAGGAAGAGCAGUAUUCUGAAUACUGUAGGUCAGAUAGCAAAAAUUCAUACUUAAUGCUUAACCUCUUCAAAGAAGGUCUUCUGUAUGUUGAAAUACAAUGCCUGGUAUAAUAGGUCUUA